AUGGGCCUGGCGGCGCCUCGCAAGAAAACCAAAAUUUCACAUGAUCCCAACAACACCUCUUGGUCAAGAUCAACAGAUGGGUUUGGACACAGGAUUCUCAAAGCUCAGGGCUGGACUCCCGGUAGCUUCCUCGGCGCCCGCAAUGCCACUCACUCUGAUCUAUUCACUACGGCUAGCGCAUCACAUAUAAGAGUUGUCUUGAAGGAUAACACAUUAGGCCUGGGAGCUCGGCCAAGGAGGGACCUUACGGAUGAACCUACUGGCUUGGACGCAUUCAAAGGAUUGCUAGGCCGGCUCAAUGGCAAAUCUGAUACACAACUUGAAGCGGAGCAGCAAAAGCGGAAUGAUGCUAAAUUGGCUCGAUAUGCUGCAACAAAAUGGCAGACUGUCAGAUUCAUUAGUGGUGGACUUCUUGUGCAAGAGAAGGAUAAUGCCGUGGCUUCCCAGGCUUCUCAGAGCCUUCCCGUUGACCUUUUACGAAAAACCUCCUCCGAAAAUGGCAUAUUGAAGACGGAGCCCACGGAUUGCGACUCACAACGCACAGGUUGUGCCACGAUCAAGAAGAAGGAGAAGAAGGAGAAGAAGGAGAAGAAGGAGAAGAAGGAGAAGAAGGAGAAGAAGGAGAAGAAGAAGAAGGAGGAGGAGGAGGAGAUGAUGAGUCUUAAAGAAUCCCGCGAAAAGAAACAAGAGAAGAGGCAGAAGAAAAGGAAAGUUAGUGAUUGUGACGGUCUCGAUGCGGAAGCAGCGGACAAAUCGUCUUCAAAAGUCCUUCUAGCGAGCGCAAACGAUAAAGCAUUUGCUACUGAAGCACUCGGAUUCUCGAGGUUGUUUCCGGGGAUCACAAACACCUUGCUUACCCUUGAUUCGAAUUUUAGAAUCCCGUUCUACAGAGAAUACGCUCUUGCCAUGGGGCUCGCCAGUGUUUCCCGGGAGUCAUGUGAAAAUCUACUGUCUAAAGGUGGUGCUGACGGGGAAGGCAUGGGCCGUGCGAUUACAAUUGUCAUUGGUGGGGCUCGGGAGUCCCUUGACGCUUUACCUCACUCUCUACGUCUUGUUCUAAAAUGCCGCAAAGGAUUCAUAAAGUUAGCAAUUCGCACCGGUGCUGAUCUUGUGCCAGUACUUGCUUUCGGCGAAAAUGAUCUCUAUGAGCAGGUGCGAUCCGACCAGCAUCCUAUUAUAUACAAGUUUCAGAUGCUCAUUAAGCAUACGAUGGGGUUCACGAUCCCGCUCUUUCAUGCUCGUGGGGUUUUCAAUUAUGACGUGGGACUGAUGCCUUAUCGACGUCCAUUAAAUAUCAUCGUUGGUCGGCCUAUUCAAGUCGUCCAACAGCGGGACAGAGACAAGAUCGACGAGAAGUACAUUGAUAACCUUCAUGACAAGUAUAUACAAGAGCUUCGACGGUUGUGGGAGCAAUACAAAGAUGUCUUUGCAAAGGACCGAAUCUCUGAAAUUGAGAUAAUUGCAUGA